UACACAUGCCAAGGAAUGAGAGUGGGAUUAGGAACUGUAGCCCUCAAGAUUGUUCGAUACGCAGAGACAGUCCUUGAAGGAGAAGGAAGUUCUGUAGGCGAAGCGGUGACCUUAGUAAUCCUAACGAAAGCUAAGGGCUAUAAAUAGUUAAAUAGCCUCACAAAUUAACGCCCACGCCUUCUCUUCUCGCAUACCGAUACCCACCAGAACUUUUCUCUAGUAGUGAUCACUCUAAAAAAGCUCCUCAAUUCUCUGCAAUUCUUUGGCCAAAUCUUAACAUGAUUUUGCCUUGGAUAAAGUCUUUCUUCUCAAAUCAAUCAUGCCCAUUUUGGUUUUCUGUCUAAAACCUUGAGAAAUUGUCACUUGUUGCAUUGGUUUUUUUUUUUUUUCCUGGUUUUAAACCCAGUUUCUGCCUCUUUUGAUUUUUGGUUUUUUAGACUCUUUUUGGGUUUUCUUUUUUGAGUGUUUUGGCCUUUCAGAUUUCAUUAUGAGUAACUGGAGGAGACGUAAAGGUGAAAUUAAUCAUCCAGAAGUUAAGAGGACGACAAGAUCACACCAUAGACAGCCUCCUCAUGGUAGUUGGCAGCCAACUGUACCAUCAUGGGAGAAAAGAUUCUGCUAUUCAGUUGGUUUGGUUCCAUGGGGCAAGCUAUUGGAAACCAAAAAGUCUAUGUACCUAUAUGAGAAUAUAGUUCAGUGGAAUGACUCUGCUGGUGAAGAGGCUUUUCACAAUGCUAAAAACCGGUUUUGGGCGAAGAUUAAUGGUCUUCAUUGUGACAUAUCAUUGCCCGAUCCUGAUAUUUAUAUUGAUGAAAUUGACUGGAAUUCCAACAUUGACCCUGAAUUGUACUUAGAUUUGGAACGGGAGCCCAAAUAUCCUGAUGAGAAAGAUAAAGAGGAGGAAGUUGUGAUUUUUGGUUGUUCUCUCCUGAAUCAGUCAUUUUCGUGCACCGGAUGGGGGGAGGCUGAAGAGGAGGUGCAAAAGACAGCCACUGCAGCUUUGUAUCCUGGAUUUAGAGAUUUUAAUCAAAAGGGUAAUAAUGGAAACCCCAGGGAGAGCAAUGUUUCUCAGGCCAAUGGAGCCAUGAUUGAUAAUGAAUGGGCAAAUUGUUGGAGUGAUUCAUAUAGAUGGAAAAAUAAUUACGAGUGGGACAGUAAUUAUAAGCAGUGGAAUAAUUUCAAUGAUACAACUGGUGGAGAUUGGGAAACAUGGGAUGAGAAUAGCUGGAAGAACGAGGGUGCUGGCUGCUACAUGUCAAGGUAUAAAACCUCCAGGUUUGGAGGGAAUGACCAUCAGACGGAUCGUGGAGGGUGGAGGAAUGGAAGGGGGAGGAAGGGGAUGAAUUUUGCAUAUUAAUGGUCACUUUUAAGAGACUGUUUUGAGGUGGGGCAACAAAAUGAGUUAUUGUUGACCAGUAACCUAAAGCAGAUUUUGGCAAAGUAGGAAUUCAGUGGAAGUGGGUGACAAAAGUUUUGUAAGUGUUAAGUAUAUAUUACAGUAGGCUUUUUAGUUUAACCUAUUAUUUUAUUUUUUUGUUCAUGUGUGAGAACAUACACUACAUAAAAUAGGUUGUUACAAAUUGGGCCAAGUUUCUCUGCAAAGCAUGUGUUCAGCAUUGGGAGAGUCUUUUGUUAGUUAGUGAUGCACAGUGAUCAUCUCAAGAUGUGUUCUUUGUUUCUGUAGGUUCAUAUGUAGUGAGGAUUCAAAUGUCUAUUCACGUUGCAAAUUGGUCCCUUGCUUUCAUUGUAUGAAUUCUAUUAAGAGGUUGUUCAAAGAUUGUGAAUGUCCCCAGAAAAUGUAGUAUCUCAAUAUUGUUUUCUGGAAUUUAUUACAUGUUCUUCGAUUAUUGUCGACAGAUAA